GCCGUACCGAGGUGGCCGCCGGGAGCGCAACCGGGGCGGCGGGGUGCGCGGCGGAGAGAACCCCGGCCCCGCCGAGCCGAGCCGGGCCGGGCCGAACCGGGCAGAGCAGCGUUUCAGGGGUGCCCAUUUGACGCAGGAGCCAACAUGAAUGUGGGAACAGCACACAGCGAGGUGAAUCCCAACACCCGUGUCAUGAACAGCCGGGGCAUCUGGUUGUCCUACGUCCUUGGAAUUGGCCUGCUGCACGUCGUACUCCUGAGCAUACCCUUCUUCAGCGUCCCUGUGGUUUGGACUCUUACCAACAUCAUUCACAACAUGAGUAUGUAUAUCUUCCUACAUACCGUGAAAGGAACUCCUUUUGAGACUCCGGACCAGGGGAAGGCUCGGCUGCUCACGCACUGGGAGCAGAUGGACUACGGCGUGCAGUUCACGGCAUCGCGCAAGUUCCUGACCAUCAUGCCCAUUGUCCUGUACUUUCUAACCAGCUUUUACACAAAGUAUGACCGGAUACACUUCAUAAUCAACACCAUCUCCCUUAUGAGCGUCCUGAUCCCCAAACUGCCUCAGUUUCAUGGAGUGCGGAUCUUUGGGAUCAACAAGUACUGAACUGCGUGGCUGGAGCAAAUGGAAGAGGAGCAGGGGAGAGGUGGAAGUUCCUUCUCUCUAGCCCCGUUUCCUCACCCCCACGCACACUGGGAUAUAAUUUCACAGCGGCUGUUUAAAUGCAGUAUCCAAUAGACAUAUACCGCAUGCUGGAUCCUCAUGCCCAAUAAACCUAAACAAGCUCCAGAGUAGAGUUUAGUGCAGAGCAGGAUGCAUGACACUGGAUUUCUUUUAUUCCAGUGUCAUAAAUAGAUGCAGAUACACUGAGACUUCAAGGUACAAAGAGGGUGAAUUCUGGGGAGAUUGUCAUCUAUCCCAGACGUUGAAUGACGAGACUAGGGAUGAGGGGAAAAGCUUUUAGUGCUGGUACUAUUGCUGUGGUAAAUGCACUUUAAAAUAUAUUUCCCUUUCUGAAGCUAGGUGCUUUAAGCGAUAUGUGGGGGAAAUUCAAAGGGAUACAGCCAAGCUUUCCCAAUACUUGAUUGUUUUGGGGUUUGAGUUCCAUUUUUGGGCAGGGGAGUGGGAGGGGAAAAAGAAUGACAGAUUUUUAUUUUGCAGUCUUUUACACCAUUGAGAAAGGCAGUUCUUUUACUAAAAACAGUACAGGAAGGAAUGACCUGCAAUUUGACAAAGCUUUCAGUUUUCUACGGUACCAUUCCUGUGGUUCAGGGAAAAGGUCAACAGAUCCUAAAUCAUACUUGUUAUUUUCAGCUUGUACCAGAAUCUGUCUGGGUAACUCUGCUCCCCGCCCCAAACCGCUAAUUUUAAAGGGCACUCCGAUCACUCAGGUAGCGCAGCAUUUGGAUUAAUGGCUGGGGUGCAGGUCAUUUUAAUGAUGAACAACAAAUGCCACUGAGCUACUUGGUACAUGGAGACUGCACAAGCAUGGGAGGAGCUGAAGACUGAUAGGCAUGGGCCAAAUGAGAAAUGGAUGGCUGCUUGCUAUAAUGAGUUAGUUAGUGACUAUAUUUGGAAUUUUUCUCCUCAGUCCAGCUCCUUGGUUUCGUGUUACUGGGAUUUGCCAGUUCUUCAGUUAACCAUGGACUUAACUCAGUAUCUGUCUCAAGGCAAGCGAGUGUUUGAUUUCUGGCUUACCUGGAAGUCUGUCACUCAGCUCCACGCACAAGUGCUGCAGCAGCAUCCCCUGAGCCCUCAGGUGAUCACUGGCAAGGGUGACAGAGCUGCAGGAGAGCAAUGCUAAUGAGCAGCAUCAGCAGCAGACUGAAUUGACCAACAAAAGGAUGCAAUAGGUCACUGAUAAUAGAUUAUUUAGUACAGAAGCAAAGUUGAGCCUUUUUCCCAUAAAGUUACCACCUAAGUAAAGUAGGUUUGCAGGUCUAGAUUUCCUGGCCGAGACAGCUUUCUACUGUUCAAAAUAGUCGUUUUUUCCUUUGGGUUGUGUGCCAGAUGAAAUGUGUUUUUCCUCAUGCUUCCCCUGUAAACUUCAUGAAAGCCUGUAUUUUUGUUGUCUUAGUGUUUAUAUUGUCUCACUUUUGACAACGGUAUAAACAUUUUAAAUAUGCUAUUUUUGUUCCUGCACUAGCCAAUUCUAGCUUUAGAGGUCAUAGUGGAUAUUGUUGAGUUCUGUUUGAUGGUCUGAGCAUAGGACAUGGAUAGGGGAACUUCAGGUUUGCAUAUAAGAUCUAGUACUACUCCAUGCAUAAUUUUAGGCAAGCUGCUUUACUUCUCUAUCUCAGACUUGCUAUUGGACUGCUGCAGAGAAGGGAAAAGCAUUUAGUGUACCUCAGAGGGCUGCUGGAAUGCCUAGAGAAUCAUUACCUAGUAUGUUUGAAAAGUGGAAAUAUUUUAAGUGAAAUGAAGUUUUCAAGAAGGUAGGAAGAGGAGUCUGGCUUGAUACCUGAGUGCUGUUCGCCAGCGAGGGAGUUUGACAGAUAUGCAAUUUAUUUGAUGAGGGGCUUAAGCCUUUUAACCACCACGACAUAAGGACUGCUGCUUUAGUUAAGGUACUAUAUACCCUAAAGCAAAUGUACUCUUUAAGCUACUAGACAAUGACUUUUGGAAAAAAAAAAAAAAAGUUUUCAAAAUAGAGAUAUUUCAUCAGUCAGCUAAGUACCUUUGAAAUGACUAAGGAAUCAACAGUGUCAAUGCCCAGAAUGCUUAUGGAAAGGCCACUGCCCUCAGAGCUGUAGCAUCUGUCCUUAACAGGACAGCUAAGGCUGUAUCCAUAAUGCAGACUGUAUGUUGCUUAACAGGUCUGAAUGUCUGCCCGCAGACACAACUUACAUGCCAAUGGUAAAUCUCCAGAGGAAGGAAAACUAUUCAUUUAUUUUGGUAGAAUACCAGGGGAAAAACAUCAACUUUUUUUGCAACAGGAACAGUCACUAUAUGCUUAAAAACAUUACUCCUAUAUAGACAGACAUAGGCUGAUUAUUUCUAAGUAUAUACACAUUACACAAAAUCAAAGCAGUUUUGAUAUUUUUAGUGUAAGUAUAAAUUGAAGGCAGGGGCCAGCUCUUCUCAAUGAAGUACAGCAUUUCACACAGUUUCCUUGAAGGCCUUGGCAUUGCAACAGCUGAGGGUCUGAACAUGUUGUUUGUGCUGUUAACUGACACUACAGACAUUUGAUUCUGUUUUGUUAAAUUAAAGAUCAACUGUAAAACAGAAUGCGAGUAUAAACUUCUCCAAAAGGCAGUUUUUCCUUAUUUAUAAUAGUAAGCUUUUCUGAUUUACCUUGUUCACACCGAAAUUAUUAUAAUAGCCAUUACACAGAUAUGUGUUACAUGGCAAAUGACAUUCUUUACAACACAGGGAUAGCAUUUUUGCCACAGAAUAUCUGAAGUUAACUUGGAUUCAUACAGUUAAUCCAGUCAAGGGAAACAUAAAUGAAAACUGGAGAAAUAUGGAAAGAAGUGAGAGUUGAAGAAAGAUUUCAUGUUAAUAAUGUGGUGUGUUAGGUAUCUACAUAAGAUUAAUAAUUACUUGAACAAUUAUACAUCUGAUAGUAUCUUCCUUAAGAUCCCAUCUUAAGGGUAGGUAUCAGAAUUAAUCAAAAAUAGAAAAGAAGCCAUAAGUUAAUUGUAAUUAAACAACAGUAGCAAUUGCUACUUGCUAGGUGUACCUGAGGCAGUUUUAAGUGAAGGAGUUUUGGGUACUGCUGGUCACACGCCAGUUGCACGGCUCCUUCCUGUCGGUGUCACAGGAACAAGCAGUACUUGACUAAGUUUCCACUUGGAAACCACCGCUGCAGUGGUGUGGAAAUAAUGGACACAGUUCUGAGUCUCCUGGAACUCGGUACUGAAACCACUUCUAGUUCAUUUGUGUUUGUUAAAUUCACGUAGAAGUGAGUUCAGCACUCAAAGGCUCAUCUUGCACACACGCAAGUUAAAAGAGCAUAGUCAAAACACUAACACUCUCAUGGGAUAACUAAUUUCUGAGAAAAGGGAGAUCGGGACAGCAUGGGCAGGAUGAGGGAUUUUCAGAUGUGUACUUGCAGCUAGCAUAGCAGUGAUCCGAGGGUGAAGCCUAGCUUUUGCGUGGAGAACCAGAACGUGAGGGCAAAGACUGUCCAUUAAUUCUUUUAGACUGUAGAAUUUUCUCCAAGUACCUGUGUGGAGAUAGUUGAUUGUUAUUGAUUUUAAAUGGGAUUUUGAUCACAUCACACUUGACAGAUUUUCCUCCCAAAGUUGCAUUGGCUUCCUGUAUAGUGACCAAGGCAAAAGUCAGCUGGAGAAUUAAAGGUGGGCUCUGUCCUGUGACUGAGAAACAAUUACUGGAUAAGUAGGUACUUAAAAUGCUUUUCUUUUUUGUUCUGCAAUGAAUGCCAAAGGAGAAGAGCUUUUGAAAACCACCACUUGAAUGGUUCACAGGCACUGGCAAAAGCCAUCCCUCUGCCCCAUCUUGUCCUGGGCAAAGCCUCUUCUAAGGCACUGGCAGGACCGCGCAUGUAUUCACACACCCGUGGCAGUCACUGCACCAGGAACAGUCAGAAAACAAUCAAGUACUAACAGCCUGAUGCUUCUGAAUUAGGGAUCCUGUCUUAUGAUUCAUUUAACAUAGCUAACAGGAUGUUGUGCAGUCCAACUCUUUGCAGGAAAAAGCCUUUUAAAAAAAAAAAAGCCUGACAUCUAGUGCUACUUAAUUCCCAAGUACUUUUUUUUUUUUUUAAUCAUUGUUUGAUUUUUUGUUUGUUUCAAUAGAAACAUGGUACUGGCCCGUGAAAAGGGAACAGCAGCUGGUUACCAUUAUUAACACAUUAUUUCUCAUUGUGACUUAACAUUGCUUUAUCAUUGCAUAUAAUAUCUUUUAAGCAUGCAAGUGUUUGUGUAUACGUAUCCUCCUUGGAUCAGUUUAAGUGAGCUAAAUUAGUUGGGUUUUUUUUUAAUGGAACAUUCUGACAUUGUACAAAGUUUUUGGGUUUUUUUCCAGUAGCCCUUCUUUUUGCUGUGUAUACAGAAGUCUCAUAUAGAGAACUUUCUAAAAUAAAGUGUGAAUAUUUUUAUUACUCCUUUGUACAGUAUUCUAAGAAAAACUAAUAAAGUAAGUAUUCAUGUAAAAA